AUUGACUCGCUCCUCCUCCGACGACGACGAUCCUCCAAACCCUAACCCUAGCUCCGCUCCAUGGCUGAGGAACCCUCUCCCUCCCCCUCCUCCACCAAGCACAACCGCUCGCCCGACUCCGGUGACCCCGCUGACUCCCCUAAGCGUCGCCGGAGGCACCACCGCCACGAAGAUGACGGAGACGACUCUCCGCUAGCCGCCGAGGACGACGUUGAGGAGGGCGAGAUUCUGGACGACGCCAUGGAUGUCGACGCCGCCGCUCCAGAUGCUGCCCCGGAACAUGAACUCUGUGGUAAUCAUGACCAAUUGAACUCAGAUGCUGAUGCAGGAGUGCUGCGUGCUUCUCGCUUGCCUAGUCAUUCAUCCUCAAGGGAUGAAAGGAAGUCAAAUCACACUGCCCAUGAGUCCACAAGUGGAGGCAUCGUUUUUAGCGACGCUGAUGACACCAAAGGGUAUAGAGAAAGUCAAAGGGUGUCAAAAUCACCGCAAUUGACAAGGGGGAAAGAUAGGAAAUACAAAGACGAGCACAAGUCACAUCGUAAAGAUUCACAUUUGAAAGAACACUCUAGAAGAUCUCCUUCAAGGCACACUAGUCAAGAUCAUGCCAGGUAUCACUCAAGGUCUAGAGAUACUGGUGCUGAAGCUAAUGGCUCGCGGGCAAGUACAAGGGAAGAUUCUGACCGUGACAGCAAUGAUCGAAAGAGUAAGCAUGGUAGGCAUGCGACUAGGAGUCGGGAGAAUGAGAGAGAAAGGAGCAGCAGCCAUGUUGUUUGUGAUGAAGUGUAUGGUGAGCGGGAAAUAUAUAAGCACGAAAGAAGGCACAGAGACAACCCAGUUGAUAGAGACAAAAUGGAUUUGCAUGAACUAACUCGCAGGGAUAGAGAAAGGAGCAGCAGUCACAGUAGAUCUGAUCGUAGGGAGAGUGCACAUCACAUUCGUGAUGAAAGCAGGGAAAGCGAAAGGCGGAGUAGUAGUUUGAAGCAUAAAGAUAAUGAUAGAAAGGACAGAAUUAAGGAUCGCUACAAAGAAUCUGACAGGGUUGAAAGUGGGCAUGAUAGGGACAAAAUGAGAGAUGAUAGAGACAGGGCUCGCCACAAGGAUUUGGAAAGUGGAAAGCGGAGAAAUGGUGAAGGAAAGGACAGAGAUAGCAAUAUUGACAAGUACAAGGAUUCGUCACGCUCAAAAUACAACACUUCUGAUGGCCAUAAACACCGCUCAAGAUCCAGGGAGAGAGGUAAAGGUGCUGAACGCAGAGGCCAGAGAUCUGAAGGACUGAAGGAAAACUCUUCCAAGGAGGAAGAUGAAGAAGAGUACCAAGAGAAAAUCGAACAGCAGUUAGCAAUGCAGGAAGAGGAUGACCCUGAAAAAAUUAAGGAGGAAGCAAGGAGGAGGAAAGAAGCUAUUAUGGCAAAAUACAGGCAGCAACAAUUGCAGAAGCAGCAGCUGGAAAUUCUACCGAAAAGUAAUGAUGAAGAAAUGGUGGAAAUGAAUAGAGGUGAUAAUGCAGAUCCCAAAGAUGGUAUUGAUAGCAGAUUUGUAGCUAGUGAGGAAGCUGAAAACAAGCACGAUUCUUCGGAUGCAAUUGUGGGUGAAACAGAUUUCACUGUGGGAAAGUCUCCUGCAAACAGUGAUGGUGUAGGAACUUUAGAUAAUCAGAGAACUACUGGUGUAUCAGGACUUGGAGAGGGCACUCCAAAGAGUGAGAGAUCGGCUGAUAUGUUCUGUGAUGACAUUUUUGGAGAAUCACCUGCUGGUUUCAGAAAAUUGGGCAAGGAUGAUGGUUUGCACAUUGAGAAAAAUGCUCUUCAUGACAACUGGGAUGAUGCUGAGGGGUAUUAUACUUACCGUUUUGGAGAAUUGCUGGAUGGCCGCUAUGAGAUUAUAGCAGCACAUGGAAAGGGAGUGUUUUCAACAGUUGUCCGAGCAAAAGAUCUUAAAGCUGGGAAGGAUGAUCCUGAAGAAGUUGCUAUUAAAAUUAUUCGCAACAAUGAGACAAUGUACAAGGCUGGUAAGCAAGAGGUUUCAAUAUUAGAAAAACUGGCAAGUGCGGAUCGUGAAGACAGGCGCCACUGUGUGCGGUUUAUUUCUAGUUUCAUGUAUAGGAACCAUCUUUGCUUAGUUUUUGAAUCUCUAAAUAUGAAUCUUCGUGAGGUACUAAAGAAAUUUGGUCGCAAUAUUGGACUUAAACUAACUGCUGUGAGGGCAUAUUCAAAGCAGCUUUUCAUCGCCCUGAAGCAUCUGAAAAACUGCAAAGUGCUGCAUUGUGAUAUAAAGCCAGAUAAUAUGCUGGUGAAUGAGGCUAAGAAUGUGCUGAAGUUAUGUGAUUUUGGCAAUGCUAUGUUUGCUGGAAUGAAUGAGGUUACACCUUAUCUUGUGAGCCGUUUCUAUCGGGCACCUGAGAUAAUUCUUGGGUUACCAUAUGACCACCCAUUGGACAUGUGGUCAGUUGGCUGCUGUCUAUAUGAACUUUACACUGGAAAAGUCCUAUUUCCAGGUCCAUCAAAUAAUGACAUGCUUCGGCUUCAUAUGGAACUGAAGGGCCCCUUCCCCAAGAAAAUGCUUCGAAAGGGUGCCUUUACAAUGCAACAUUUUGACCAAGAUCUCAACUUUCAUGCUACCGAGGAGGAUCCCGUGACAAAAAAGGCUGUGACGAGAGUGAUUUUGAACAUUAAGCCAAAGGAUAUUGGUUCUUUGAUUUCAAACUUCCCUGGCGAGGAUCCAAAAAUGCUAUCCAACUUCAAAGAUCUUCUUGAAAAAAUAUUUGUCUUAGAUCCAGAAAAGAGGAUAACCAUAUCACAAGCACUUAGCCAUCCAUUUAUCACUGGCAAGUGAAAAUAAGAUGUUGAUUACUCUUGGCACUGCUAACUUAGCAUCUACCUUGUAAACUACAUUUUGGGUCGCUCUUGUCUAAUCAUUGGCAUUUCUGUCUUGUGUCUUCGGAGCUAUGAGAUCAGAGUAUGUGGGCGAAGCUCGGAAAUUCGGAAGAGAUGGCUGUCUUACAAGCCUUGGUGCAUGCAGUUACAUUUGGAUGUGUUCUGUUGCUUGUAAGACAACUGGCCAGCUGGCAUUUUAUUACAUGAAUCCUGCCAGGGCCUCUGCUGUGUGCACAUUUUAUAUGCUAAAGGGCCAACAUAAGAAGGUACCCUGAUUGAUAUCUGGGUAACUAAAUAGUUGCAUCCAUGAGUGAUACAUUUUCUCUUUUGAAGACAUUAUCUUUUUUGAUCAAGUUGUCAGGAUGAGUCAAUAGAUGACAAUGGGAAUUGAUUUUUUAAAAUAUAGAUGCACAUGAUCUCUCUACAUAUAUACUCCCAUCUUUUAUUAUUAUUAAUAAUACUUUGGGAUGGAUAUGUCUUUUGAUAUUGCAUAGGUCACUGCUAGUUUGUCUUUUGAUAUUUUGUAUGAAUUGAUAAAUUAUGCUUACCUUCUCUUACAUUUGUUAGCUUCACUGAAGUGGUUUUAGGAAUUCUUCUUUUCUUAUGUACUUUUAUGUGGAACAUCAAUUGAAAAUUUUAUUUUGCUUUUAUGUUACUGAGGCCCUGGGAUGGAGAAUAGCUGAUUGCGCUGCUUACACUAGCCCCCUAUGAUGGUAAAUUCUUCAACUCUGUAGGUGCCCCAUUCUUCCUAAUCAUUCUUAUUUUACAGAAAGGAUUUUGAACUACAUCCCUAAUUAAUAUGCAGCUUUACUUGUAUUCCAUAUAUGUACCCAUUGAAUAUGGCUGUAGUUGUAGUAGUUAGGAGGUAGUACAUUUGUUUUAGUGUCCAUCUUGUUCCAUGCACAAGCUGAAAAUAUGCUCUAUAAACAUGGACAUAGUACUUACUGUUAAUGUGAACAUUUUUGUGACCUUCCAUGUGAUUGUAACUCAUUGGUAAACAGCAGUACAGUUUAUGGAAACUUUGGGUGCAUGGGUACAUAAAUUUCCUUUUGUCUAAGAUUAAUAUUUUGAAAUUUACUUGAUUUCUCUUGAUGUUUCUAGGAAACUUGAGUAGGGUGGUAAGCCUUGCAAAUAAGAUCUGGUAUGAGUAAAGUCAUCCACCUAGUAAAGACAAUCAAAAUUAUGGGCCUAGUUGUGGGUUAGAUCGGGACAGACAGGAUAAAAAGGUGAUAUUUAAUUGUGCUGACUGUUCCCCUUGAAGAGAGCUGGGGUGACAAGCACUGAAUUGAUAAUCCACUUCCUGCAUGAUAGGACGCUGGCCAUUUCCAUGCAACACUGCAGUUUAAUUAUAAUUACACUUGGGGCAGUGUUUAGCUAUUUCUUGACUAACAACAUUUUGUAAUGAUUAUAAACUACUGAUCUAGUGAUAGCUAAAAUGCUGCUACCUCUGUUGCAAAAUAUAAGCAUUU